CGCUGCUGUAGUCGUCGAUGAGUCUCUCGAUGUUCUCUCACGCACAAUAUCAGAAACGAAAUGGCUGAAGAAAAUGUUGAGCAAACUUCUGGAAUUCUUCAGGAAAUUUUCACUUCGCCUCUGAACAUUAGCUUGCUAUGUCUUUGUUUGUUCCUUUUGUACAAAAUCGUCCGUGGAGACAAGCCUGCAGACUUUGGCCCGGUUGAGGAGCCAUUGCCUAAACUAAAGAAAAGAGAUUUCACUUUAGCAGAACUGCAAGAGUACGAUGGACUGAAAAACCCAAGAAUCCUCAUGGCUGUUAACGGGAAAGUGUUUGAUGUUACAAGAGGGAAGAAAUUCUACGGACCAGAGGGCCCUUACGGAGUCUUCGCGGGCAAGGAUGCAUCCAGAGGACUGGCCACGUUCUGUUUGGAGAAGGAGGCCUUGAAAGAAACUCAUGAUGAUCUUUCAGAUCUCAAUGCUAUGCAGCAGGAGAGCCUGAGCGAGUGGGAGACCCAGUUCACACAGAAAUAUGAUUACAUUGGGAAGCUUCUUAAACCUGGAGAAGAACCAACAGAGUACACAGAUGACGAGGAAGUCAAGGACAAAAAGAAGGAUUAGAACAUGGAUCCAAACCUAGCUCUUCUAUCUGUGCUUAAAUGACUUAGAUUUGUUGCAGUCAAACUUGCCUUUUUGUCUGAACCUCUAUGUCAUUUUAUGUGACUUUAAUUAGUAUGUCAUAUGUUUAUAAAUAAUUUCAUAUCUCUGUAUUCCUAAAACUAAUGUAACAUAUGUUAUAUCUACAGCAACUGUGACUCAUAAUCAUGUCUUUUGAAGAAUUCUUGGGGGUAAAUAUAUUCUUCAGGAAUAUAUGGUUGCUGUAAAUAUGGGACACAAUUUCUCACUAGAUUUUUAUCUAACCAGAGAACAUUUAAACCAAAUGCAUAUAUAAACAUGAAGACACACUAGAAUACUUUUAAAUGAGCAUUAUAUUAAAAGACAGUGGAAAUCUCAUUCAGGGGUAUGUGUCAGAUCAGUUUCCUUGAUACAGAUUAAGACUAGACCCAUACUAAAUAGGGUUUUCAAGCAAACUCCUCACAUGCUAGUCUUAUCAUCUGCUCAAGACAUUUGUAGAUUAGGUUCACGCAACAUUCUAAGAGAUUAUGAUUUACAAAGACAAGUAUUUGCAAAACACCUUUUCUGUUCAUAAUAUUCAUUAUUAAAUAAUAUGAUGUAUUA